GCGCACACACACAUGCAUAUGCACUCACACACAAAAUGUACCUCAGUCACACAAGGACGUUUGUGUUCACACAUUCAACACAGCUUAUCAGCUUCAUUCUGUAUAUGCAUACAGCCUAUGAAGAAAUGGCAAUGCCUGUACAGAAAGUAAAACUGUUUGAUCUUUUUGUUAAAUGUCUAAGAAUCAAGGCAUUUUUGUAAAAUUGUUAAUAGCAAACGCGUCUUUAAAAAUAAACUACAUAAACAAAGACACUAUAAGAGAACUAGAGAAGUAGAGCGUGCUGACUGGGGGAAGCAGAGAGAUUUAGCCAGAGACAUUAGAAGAAAGGUAGAACAAGAGAGAGACAAAUGUUUGGUGCAUAAAGAGAGAGAGAGAGAGAGAGAGAGAGAGAAGCAGACAAGGACGGCAAAGAGACGGAAAGAGAGAGAUGGAGGAGGGGGGCAGAGAGAUAAAGAUAGCUGAAAGGAGGGAGAUCCGUCAGCGUUUGUUUCCUCAGGAUGUGGUUACCCCGACGACGAAAAGGCAGAGAGGCCCUUUAGCUACACCGAGCGAGCCAUCAUGGACGACCCAUCAUCCACCCAAUCCUUCACCAACCUCCACCACCAUCGCCACCGCCCAUCCUUUUACCUCACCCUGCCCGGCCUUCAGAGCCCCGUAGUGGGGUACCAGUCCUGUCAGCCUUCCCUGGACCCUCAGGAGCAAUAUGGAAGUAGAGGGGAAGACCCCACAGACUCCUUCCCAACAUCAAUCACCUCCUCCGUUGGAAGGAAGGAGAGUUGUGGGAGUGACGGAGGCUUUCCGACCCCAGGUGGUAGCGGCUUGAACGGAGACGCCAACUUGGGAGGCCAUCUUGACGGGGGAAGCGGGUUGGGCGGCCAUUUUUCAGAUACCUGGUACGCCGGCGGCAAAAAAGAAGACGUCUGGGAGGACGGGGAAAAUUGUGAAAGCGCCGAAGACAACUUUUAUAGAAGAGGGGAUGGUUACAGUAAAGCAAAUGAUAUCUUUUACAGCGUGAAUAGUGGCAGUGAGGAGGCCAUCAGGCGCAAACUCAGAGCGGACUACAACAAUUACACCCAAGAAAGCUGUGAACCGAAAGGGGAUUCAGUUUACAAUCGGGGGGCCGACGACAACCACUUUACUAAGCAAACCGCUCCAUGGGGGAGCUUCAGCGACAACGUUGAUUAUGCACGGUUGAGUGAUAACUAUUUGGGGAGAGAAGAAGACUACGGCUCCAGCUGUGGCUCAGGUGAGGAUCAGCUUCAACCAGCAGAGGUCGAGGGCCCCUGGCUCGGGCCCCCUCCUUCAGGUCACACCGGAGAGGGCAGGUGGAGAGGAGCAGUGGACCCCAGGGGCCCCCUCGGGGUCAGCGGUGUGACGUACAUUCAGAAGCUGGACUCCUUCUCCGAGGCUUUCCUCUCCCAGCGGAGAAGAAGAUUUCCCAUGAUUCCCGGGGGAGACUCUUCGGGGCAGGUGUGGGAUUUCGGCGCGGGGAGGGUCGAAAGCCCCGGGUCGGUGAAGUCGGGUUACAGCUGCGCUUUCGAUGCGGACGCCCGCCCGCCUCCCUCCUCGACUCCCCCAGCCACUCACCCGUCUCAUAUGUCCUACCCGUCUCCCCCCACGUCAACUCACAUCAUGUCUUCGGUGCUCAGUCCUCCUCCCACACCUCUGUCCCCCCAUUCCCACUCGCCCUCCAAAAUGGACUCUCCCGUUCCGUAUGGGGGCGGCGGACAUUCAGUGUCUCAGGGGGGGCAAUCGCUUGCCGCGCUGCAGUUUUUCGCUCCUCACCUGCAGUCCCUCCCGUCUGUCCAUUCCUCGGGGAUGAUGUGGAAGUUUCCACAGCAGACACUCGGCUUCCCACAGUCACCAGGAGACCCGAGAUCUUCUCACGGCGGGGACUACAGCAAUGUCCCAGCUUCUCACGUUCAGUCUCCGGAAGCAGCGUUCCUCUCUUCCGCAUCUCAUUAUUCACCUCUCCAUCCAUCCACAGCCCUCUGUCCCUCCAGCUCUCCAUCCCUUCAUCCUUCCUCCCAUCUUCCAUAUCUUUCAACUCACCUUUCCAGCCAACGUUAUGAGACGACAGAAAAGACAGCCCCCUACAUUGUGACCAAGAAUGUAAAGAACCAAGCCAAUCAGCAAACUUCUCAAAUCUACACUGGACUUCCAUUCCCCAGUAUCCUUCACUCCAGCAAAGGUCAGAAGAGAGGUCGGUACACUCCUCGGCCGCUCCUCAAUCCCCUUCGCAGGGGGACGGGUCUCUACUCCUCCAUAUCGUCUCUCAACCACAGAGAGGACGAAACCAAGUGCAGAACGGAGGAAGAGGGGUGUCUCGUGUUACCGUACGUCAAUGUGGGUCAUGAUUUCCAGGCAGAGCUUCCUCGCUGCAUUGUAGAUGCGGAAGGGUUUCGGGUGUUGUCACCAGAGGAGAUAUCUCCUACGGAACAGCUGCUUUGGAAACCGUGGGACAAGCUGGAGGAGACGACCAACUUACAAGACCAAGUGGAGCUGCUGCUGUCCAUGUGUAGUUCCAGCUGCGUACCAGGAGGGGGCAGCAACUCAGAGCUGACUAUGCACUGUCUGCACCACUGUCAGGGAAACACAAUGGCCACACUGGACAUGCUGCUGUUCUCACAGCCCUCGCCAAUGGGAGACUACCACUACUCUGGUAGUGACUUUUGGACGGAAAGUGAAAAGAGUCUCUUCAGAGCAACUCUGGGAACUUCUGGAAAAGACUUUUCACUCAUACAGAAAAUGGUGAGGACUAAGACCGUGUGCCAGUGUGUGGAAUUUUACUACCUGAGCAAAAAGCUGCAGGACAAGCAGGUGAAACAGAAGGAGGAGGAGAACAGAGACAGAUUGAUGGAGCAGCAGAAAAAUAUGACGUCCAUCCGUCAGCCAGUGCGCAAACAGUUUGGCCUGGAGGAGGCGGUUGCUGUGCCCUCAUUGGCUAGCUUCUUCCCAUGCAAGCUGUGUGGCAAAAUGUUCUAUAAAAUCAAGUCCCGUAAUGCUCACAUGAAGAUCCACCGCCAGCCUCAGGAGGAUUGGACCGACAGGCGGCUGCAGCAACAGCUCCUCACCCAGCGUCUGGCUCUGAGUCAUCCCAACAACCUCAUGCUCUCCCCAGGCGGCAACCUGCUCUCGCCCCAGGCGGCCGCUCUGACCUUUCCCCCUCCUGGCAACAACCCAAACGCAGACAAUGUCCUCGGCCUCGUAGCCAAUAGCAACGCCAUCGCUCCCACCAACGCCAGUGUCCAGGAUCCCAUCGCUGCGGUACCAUACAGCAACAUCGCGCCACAAAACUCUCGUGUGGUCACCAACGUCAACGCCGUUGACUCGAACCAAAGAGAGCCCACCUCCGUCUUACCUCUGCACCAAUCAUGGGGCUCGUAUGGACAUGGCCCCGACCCCACUGUCUUCUACUGCAACACAGAAGGGAAAGACACUGUUGGAGCUGGGACAGUAGGCGGGAAAGAGCAAAUGAACUGGCAGUAGCGUUUAAGGCAUCACCACCACUGAGCCUCACCAAGGACGUGUUCAUUUGUAUUCAACUAAAUUUAAACUAAAACUUCCGUACUCUUUCGUUUACUUCAGCAAAACGUUGUCACAUUUUGUUUGUUUUGAUGUAAAUGGUGUAUUUAGAUAUGUUACAUAUUUAAAUGUUUUUUAUGCUUUUGAUAUUUCAAUAAAAUCU